CUCCUCCUUCACAAGUGAACUGUGCAUAAACAGGUGAACGCCGCGCAGCUCGCGAGAGGAGCGCUGCUGCUUAUGAGAGUCAGCUCACAGGCUCCUGGAAAUCAGCUGCCCAUGAUUGUUUGAUAGCCCAUGGCGAUGGCCAGAUAUUUCAGUGUUCUCCUUCUGGUUCUUCCAGUUGUGGCUCAGGAGCUGCCCUCUGCCCCACACGGCUGCAUGGAAGGCAGCUGUUAUCCGGCGACGGGAAACCUUCUGAUUGGCCGAGCUAUUAACCUGACUGCCACCUCCACCUGUGGCCUGGAUGGGCCUGAGCAGUACUGCAUUGUCAGUCAUUUGCAGGAUUUAAAUAAGUGCUUUAAGUGUGACUCUCAGAUGCCGUAUGAUGCCUAUCAUCACGACAACAGCCACAGGGUAGAGAAUGUCAUCUACCAGAGAGACAGCAGAGGAGAACUCACCUGGUGGCAAUCUGUAAAUGGAGAGGAGAAUGUCAGUAUUAGACAGAAUCUUGAGGCAGAGUUCCAUUUUACUCAUUUCAUCAUGAAGUUUAAAACGUUUAGGCCUGCUGCUAUGAUAAUUGAGCGUUCUUCUGAUUUUGGCCGUACAUGGAGGCCAUAUCGCUACUUUGCCUACAACUGCACCAAGACUUUCCCCUGGAUUCCUGCCCACUCGCUGCGGUUUAUUGAUGAGGUCAUCUGUGAGGAGCGCUACUCUGACAUUGAGCCGUCCACUGAAGGAGAGGUCAUCUACAAAGUGCUUGAUCCUGCGAUCCAUGUCAAAGACCCAUACAGUCUUGACAUUCAGGAUUUGUUGCGGAUCACUAAUCUCCGGAUAAACUUCACUAAACUGCGCACUCUGGGUGAUAACCUUCUUGACCGGCGUCCGGACGUGCUGCAGAAAUAUUACUAUGCACUGUAUGAGCUGGUUGUGCGCGGCAGCUGCUUCUGCUACGGUCACGCGUCAGAGUGCGCACCAGUACCCGGAGUGACCUCCAGGGAUCCGGGCAUGAUUCAUGGACGUUGCGUGUGUAAGCACAACACUGUGGGAUUAAACUGUGAGCGCUGUAGAGAUUUCUACCAUGAUGCACCCUGGAGGCCCGCCGAGACUGAUAACGCACAUACAUGCAGGGAAUGCAACUGUAACGGUCACUCCAACCAGUGUCAUUUUGACAUGGCGGUGUAUCUGGCUACGGGGAACAUCAGUGGAGGUGUGUGUGACAACUGUCUCCACAACACCAUGGGCCGCAACUGUGAAACCUGUAAACAUUUUUACUAUCAGGAUCCAACUAAAGACAUCAGAGACCCGGCAGCAUGUAUCCCUUGUGACUGUGACCCGGUGGGAUCUGUGGAGGGAGGACUUUGUGACAGUCAUACUGAUCUGGAUCUGGGUAUGAUUGGCGGUCAGUGUCGCUGUAAGCAGAACGUCAAGGGUCAGCGCUGCGACUACUGCAAAGAGGGACACUAUGGACUCAGUCCUGACAUCCCACUAGGAUGCCAGCCAUGUAACUGUGACCCCCGUGGCAUCACUAUGAUUGGGGCUCCGUGUGAUCACAUCAGUGGUGACUGCUCCUGUAAGAGAUACGUAACCGGCCGCUACUGCGAUCAGUGCCUGCCUGAAUACUGGGGACUCAGUAAUGAUCUGGCUGGUUGCAGACCCUGCGAUUGUGACUUUGGUGGAGCAACCAGCAACAGAUGCAGGAUGGACAACGGUCAGUGUGACUGUCGGCCUCAUCUGAUUAGUCGGCAGUGCUCUGAAGCGCAGCCUGCAUUUUUCUGUGCUUCUCUGGAUUAUAAUAAGUAUGAAGCAGAGGAAGCUAUAGGUCGCUCCCCUGAUGAUCCUACUCUUCCAGGCAACCCAAGGCCUCAGGCUGAGACUGACUGUGUGCAGCAUCUCAACAAUCAGCUGAGAAGAAACCGUCGUCAUCAUCGCCGGCACAUUGCCCAACAGCAGAGGGCAGCACUGAGACGCAUCCGACAGUUGCAGCAAACUCCCAGUGUAAGCACAGUGCAUAGAGAGAGACAACCGGGUCAGAUGGUCACAUGGACCGGGCCGGGCUUCGCUCGGGUUAAAGACGGCGCUGGCCUCGAGUUCACAAUCAGCAACAUCCCUUACGCUAUGGAAUAUGACAUUAUGAUCAGAUAUGAGUCAGAGUCCACAGAGGACUGGGAGGCUCUAGUGAGCAUCACGUCCCUGGAUUUACCCACAAGUCUCCGCUGUGGAAACAUGCUGCCCACAGAGCAGAUAUACACAGUCACAAUGUCCCACCACAGGAGGUAUGUUGAAAUGCCAAGGCCCUUUUGUUUUGAGCCAAACAACCAGUAUGUGGUGUCCAUCCGUUUCCAGCGUCAUGCCGUGUCUCACCGACAUCUCACUGCCUUCACCCUGAUAGACUCACUUGUACUUAUACCCAGGUAUGAUGAGCUCCCAGGUUUCCAGGGUGAUGACGCCCCAGAUGAGAGUCGACGCCAGGAGAUGGAAUUGUACAUGUGUUUGGAUUCCUUCAUGACCUUGCCAAUGCCUGCGCUGGCCGAGCUGUGCACUACACUCAUCUGCAGCAUCUCUGCGAUCAUGUAUAACGGUGCCCUGGCAUGUCAAUGUGACCCUCAGGGUUCACUGAGUGCCGAGUGUGACAAAGUCGGAGGUCAAUGCCACUGUAAACCCAAUGUUAUUGGCCGUAAAUGUGAUCAGUGUGCACCGGGGACGUACGGAUUUGGGCCAUAUGGCUGCACUGUAUGUGACUGCCACUCUCAGGGCUCUGUAGGGCAUCAGUGUGACCCCGUGACGGGCCAGUGUCUGUGCCGGCAUGGGGCGACUGGCCGCCAGUGCUCUGAAUGCCAGCCUGGUCAGUGGGGAUUUCCAAACUGUAGACAGUGCCAGUGUAACGGCCAUGCGGAGAGCUGUGACCCUGAAACAGGUGCCUGCUAUGAGUGCCGAGACUACACAGCUGGACAGUUGUGUGAGAGGUGUGUAAACGGUUUCUAUGGUAACCCAAUAUUGGGUUCCGGCGAGCACUGUCACCCCUGUCCAUGUCCAGGACACCCUGACAGCGGACACUCCAAUGGAGCUUCCUGUCACACAGACUAUGCCUCCAACCAGAUCCUCUGCCAGUGUGGUGAAGGAUAUGCAGGUCCUCGCUGUGAUCGCUGCGCCCCUGGGUACUAUGGGGAUCCUGAGCAGCCUGGCGGGACGUGCUGGCCGUGCCAAUGCAACGGGAACAUUGACCCCCAGGACCCAGAGUCAUGUGACCCACGAACCGGCCAAUGCCUCAGGUGCCUGUAUAACACAGACGGCCACUCUUGUUCUGAGUGUAAACCAGGUUAUUAUGGAAAUGCACUCGCUCAGGACUGUAGGCGCUGUACUUGUGUAACUGCAGGCACUGUAGAUGACUACUGUACUGAUGGAGUGUGUCACUGUGAUAAACGGACUGGCCAAUGCCCCUGCAAGCCAAACAUCAUUGGCCACAACUGUGACCAGUGCACCCCCAACCACUGGAACUUCGGCUCAGACUUUGGAUGUGAACUCUGCGAAUGUGCCCAACCAAAUUCCCUCAGCACCCACUGCAACAUGUUCAGUGGCCAGUGUCAUUGUCAGCCAGGUUUUGGAGGGCGACAGUGCAGUGAAUGUGAGGCGUUUCACUGGGGUGAUCCCAGAGUGCAGUGUGAAGAGUGUACCUGCCACCCUCUGGGGUCCGAGAUGGCUCAGUGUGACCGCGUAACAGGAGCGUGUGUGUGUAAGGAGGAGGCUUCAGGACGUCGCUGUGACGAGUGCGCCCGCAGCUUUACCGGAAACUUCCCCAAGUGCGUUCCCUGUCAUCCCUGCUUCCAGCUAUGGGAUGAUGCUGUGUGCCAAAUCGGCCGAGAUCUGACCCACAUCAAGGAUGUCAUUGCCAUGAUCCUGGAAAAGGGUGAGGUUCCCGGAGUCAACGAUAGCCGCAUACGUGAACUGGAGAAGAAGCUCGAACAUGUUCAAGACCUGAUUCGAAAUGGAGACCGAGAGGGAAUCUAUAACUUAAUAAGCCAGGCCAUUGAUGACUUGAGAGCGGAGAUAGCUUUGACUGAUGGGCGUCUGAUGGGCGUGAGUUGGGAGCUGAAUGUGACGGCAAACCUUGACAAUGCUCUGAAACGAAACCUAACUGCACUGGAGAAAGAACUGAAAGACUUGAACAAUACGCUUCACCGACUGCACAGAGAGUUCGAGAACUACCAUACUGCUGGAUUGGCAGAGCAGUUUGAAAACGUUCGCAAGUACUACCAGAUUUCAUUGAAUUCAGAGCAGCGCUGUAAUGCCUCCGUAUACGGACCCCAGAGUCCUGUGGAACAGUCUGAAGACACACGUAACCGUACCGAAGCUCUGCUGAAAGAAAGAAAGGACAGCUUCAUGCGUACAGUCACCGCCAAUAAUAAAUCUUUGUCUGAACUGGACGAAAAAACUCAUGAGAUCGACCGAAAACUCCAGCACCUCAACAACAGGGUAUGUGGUGGCCAUGGCAAUGCUAGUGCUAAUAGUAGCUGUCCAGAUAGCCCCUGUGGAGGAGCUGGCUGCCGUGAUAGCGAUGGUGUGCUGAAGUGUGGAGGGAAAGGAUGUAAAGGAACUGUUGGUGCCUCAUUGAAGGCCCUGGACAAUGCUGAUGAUGUUCAUAAGAACCUGACCACUACCAGUAAGGAGCUACAAACCAUUGCUAAAAAGCUCCGAGACAUUGCUACACUCACCCAGACUGUGAAGACUCAAGCGAAGGACACUCUUGAUAAAGCCCAGGGCAAGAAAGAACUCUUUGAGAACUCCAACAAGAUGCUUAAAGACUUCAUUCAGAAGAUUAGAGAUUUUUUGAAUGAGGAGGGAGCAGAUCCAGAAAGCAUUGAAAAAGUGGCCCAGCAGGUUUUGGCAAUCUCCUUGCCAGUCAACAGGACCGUAAUACUCAACAUCGUCGAGCAGAUCAAAGCUAACAUCGCCAACCUCACCAACGUGGAGGGAGUGUUCAAUCACACCUCAGAGCAACUGGCCAAAGUCAAGGAUCUGCUUAAGAGAGCUCAAGAUGCAAAGGCUCAAGCUGAAGGGGUGAGCGAUAAUAUCAAUAAAACUAAAGAAGCACUUGAAACCUCUCAGAGUGCCAUAAAAAAAGCUGAGAAGGAAAUGACCACAGCCCUAGAAAAUCUCAAGAAUGCCCAGAACAUCACUACUAUGGUUGACAACAAACUCUUAAAUUUAGACAGCAACCUCAUGGGUGUGAUGAUGCGACUGGCCAAUUUGUCACAUGGAGUGGAUUUAUUGAAAAAUAAAACGGAGCAGAACAGGGAGAUGGCAAAAGAUGCCAAAGCUCAGUCCGACAAUGCAACUCAAGAGGCUGCUGGACUGCAAGAGGAACUGGUAAAUGCAGAGAAUCUGUAUAAUGAGCUGAAAGCGAAGGUGGACUCUGUGGGAGGGACAGGAGAAGGUAACAUUAGCCAGAAAGCUAUAGAGAUGAAGAAAGAAGCAGAGGAACUGCUGAAGAAAGCCACCACAGGCAUGGAAACCCUCAGAAAAUUGGAGAGAAAAUUCAACAAGAACGAGCAGAAAAUGCAGCAGCAGCGGGAUGAAUUGGCGGAUCUGGAGAAAAACGUUACAGAAGUCAGAGAAUAUAUCCGAUUAAAAGUCAUGGGCUACAACAACUGUCAGUAGGAACUGUAAAUAACAGACAAAAGCCUGAAAUCAGACUUCAAUUUAUGUUCUCAAUCACCCUCCGUGUGAUUCAUAUAUUGAUCCAUUACAACCCAAAUUGCUAUUUCAUUACAAAUCAGCAGCUUCACUACUUAAUUGUUAUGAAGUUGAUGACAAACUUCAGAGUAAAGUACUAGGUCUUAUUGUCGUCCUGCUAAAUCAGUGGUUCUCAACAUUUUUCAGGUGUCGGAGGGCUGAAAAAUGGACCAUCUAAUACCAGAAGUCUAAUUUGAUGUCCUUUUCACUGUUCCUGACUUGAGUCACCAUUUUGUUCCUACAUUUUUUCACCCGUUUUUUUUUUUUCUAAACUGCUGUUUUGUUCAUAUUUUAUUGAAACUAGCAACUAGCUGACUGUUUGCUAGCUAAGAAAUGGAAACAAAUGCUUACAUCCACUGACAGAACCGUCAGUUAUGUUGUUAAUUUAAUGUUAACAGUCAGUUUAUUAAUUUGAUUAAUUUUAAUUAACUCAAUAUUGGUGUUUUCUUUUAUAUUUGUAAUGUUUUUUUUGUUUGUUUGUUUUUACAAGCCAAUCAACAAAACAGACCACAAUUUGAGAACCACUGUACUAAAUGAACUGCAGACCAACUGUUGUGUAGCCUAGUGGCCAAAGACGCACUACUGUUCAAAGGUUUGGGGUCAGUAAGAUUAAAGAAAU